AUGUUGGAAGAUGGUAUCACGGAGGAGACGGUUGCUGGGGCUCCAAUCCUUCCUCCUCCUCCUCACGACUCGGUGUUCCGUUCCAAUCCAGGAGAGACAGCGCUCCCCCAAUGGCGGGAAGAAGCGAUCGCCGACGGAGUCGCGGUGGCGUCGGAUCGCUCCUCCUCUUCCUUCUCCAGGGAGGUUGCUGUUGCGCAAACAAUUUCUGAGAAGAUCUAUAACCCUCCUGUCUCUGUGCCAUCCUCCACAUUGGUACCCCAAGUCCAAGGUUGGGCUGACCUCCCAGAUGACCUGCUCCAGUCAAUCAUUGUUCGUCUAAGGUCCCCGCAUGAAACCCUUGCCUUUGCAGCCACCUGUCGUCCUUGGCACGCUGCCUUUAUCACAUCGCUAUCUGCCUUCAAUUUGUUGUCCUUGUUCCCUCCACUACUACUCCAACCCAAGCUCCCCGAUGGUAGCAUUUAUCCUGAGUUCUUCAUCGAUCUUAUGAACCCUGCUGCCCCACUACAAUGCAAGUUUCCUUGGGGAACUGUGGACAAGAUGGACUAUAUAGGAUACUCCCACGGCAAUCUGAUAUACAGCCAUAAGAAGAAGUGCCACUUGUUUGAUGCUUUCACUGGUACCAGGACUAAAUCUCCCCGGCUAAUUAUCGACAAGCGUGAUCACCCAAUCUUUGGGGCACUCACAGCUCCUCUUGCAUCACCUGACUCAAGUCUCCUCGUCCAAGCUGGACGCUCCCUGUACGAGUGGAAGGUUGGCAGUGAAUCAUGGUUGAACCAGUAUCAGGUUGAUCGGCCCGUCGUUCGGGUUGCGAGCUUCAAAGGUGAGAUAAUGGCAAUGGAUUAUCGUGGGGGUCUCUUCCGAGUACGUUUGGAGCCCAGGUUCACAGUGCAGAAACUAGAUGCUGUAUUUGAAGGGACGUCCAUUCUGAUCGCGACAUGGUUGGUAGUGUGCGAUGACACGCUUCUCUUGGUUGGCCAUUGGGAAAAAAGUUUCCAAGCCGUCCGGCUGGACCUGUCAUCUGGACCGAAAUGGAUCAAGGUAGAUAGGCUGGAGAACUGGGCCGUGUUCAUUGCCCCUGAAGCUAGGAGCCAAGCAUUUGCCUGCAAGAACCCGGAAAGGUGGGGAGGAAUAAGCAACUGCAUCUCGCUUUCGCCACGCUGCAUCUCGUCGUUCCGUCCACGUGGCGUCGCCACGCCACGCCGCGACAUCCCAUCAGCUCACUUCGCGCUGCAGCUCAGGUGCCCAUCUCCGGCCUCUUCAUCCUCUGUUGCCCCCGUCGUGCCCGUCACUGGUGUUCUAUGGCAAAAAUCCGAUAAUUGUAGCUCCGUUCGUUCCAGUGUUCACAAUAAUAGGAUGAAAUAA